AUGAUGGAUAAUGAAGAAAGUAAGGUAAAAGAAAUUUAUCAUUCUCCUUUUGAAGGUCAUAAAAAUAUCCCAUUUUGUGACGAAAAUUUUACUAACAAUAUUAUACAUUGUAAUAUGAUUAAAUGUAUGAAUAAAAAAGGUCAAGAGAAAUUAAAAAAAUUAUUAAAAGUUAAUAAUAAUUUAAUAUAUGAUAAUAUUCUACAUCUGAAUAUAUAUGUUAAAAGUAUUUGGUUAUGUAUGAAUUUAAAAUGUACAUUCACUAUUCAUGAUUUAAUUUUAAUUGCACGAUCUUUUAAAAACACAGAAAUAUUAUAUGAUAAUAAUUCUUUUAAUACAAACCUAGAGGAUUCAUUAUAUAAAGAAGAUAAAACUGGUAACUCUUUUUAUAUUUAUUUUCAUAAUUAUAAAAUUAGAAAAAAUGUAGUCAAAAUUUUUUUUAAAAAACCUUAUGUUGUUUGCUUUAUUCAUAAAAAUGGAUCAAUACACCUACACGGGUCAGCCACACUACGGAAAAUUUUAUUAAUUUUAAUAAAAGUGGUGAAAAAAUUAAAAUAUAAAACCUUUUGGACAUAUUUAAAUCAACAAAAGGAUGAUAAGUUAAAUUGUGAUAGAUAUCAAGAGGAUGAUUGUAUUUCCAUUGAGAGUAAAGCGGGUUUUAGUUCUUCAUGUAGUGAUAACAAUGAUGAUAAAAUGUUUGCAAGUAAUUAUGAACAGGAUGAAAAAAAUUAUGAACAUAAUAAAAAAAAUUAUGAACAGGACAAAAAUUUUUGUGAACAUAAUAAAAAAAAUUAUGAACAGGGCCAAAAUUUUUGUGAACAUAAUAAAAAAAAUUAUGAACAGGGCCAAACUUGUUGUGAACAUAAUAAAAUAAAUUAUGAACAAAUAGUUCAUAUUAAUAAAAAGACAAACUUAAACAACCAAAAUAAGGACGAAGUGGUAUGUAGUGAUAAAUCAGACAUAGAUAUAGAUAAAAAUAUAGAAGACGCAUUUGUUAAUUAUGAAAAAUUUUUGGACGAUUUUAGUGAAGAUAAUAUUAGUGAUGCAUGUACAGAGAAACAACCAGAAGAGUUACAUAUCAUGGAAGGAUUAGAAAAAAGUGAUGACCUUAUGUCUGAUAAUAGUAUAAAUAAUGUUGACGAUAUGAAAAGAAAUAUUUGUGUGACAAACAAAACGGACAUUAAUGAUACUAUUAAUAGUUGUGAACAUAUGAUUAAAAAAUUAAAUGAGAGGUUUGAACAUUAUGAUUUUUAUGGAAAUGACGAAUUAUAUGAAAAGGUUAUAUCAAAAGAUAAGAACAAGGAAGAAAAAUUAGUGAAUGAUAAUUAUUAUGAUGAUAUAAAAAGUGAAUGUAAUAUUAUAAAAAACGGUGAAGAUUUUGAUUUUAAUAUAAAUAAUUUAGAUGAUGAUAUGAAUUUUUUAACAUCUGAUUUAAACUAUAAUGAUUUAAAUAAAAAGGAAAAUAUUAUAAGUAAUAAUAAGCAAAAUAAUGUUUCCUCUAAAUCGUUUGUUAAAAUUAAUGAUAAUGAAUGUUCCGAAAAAAAAAAAAUAACAUCUUACAAUAAUAAUAAUAAUGAUGAUAUAUUUGAUAAUUCUUUUUUUUAUUUUGAAGAUGAAAAAAAAGAAUUAUUAAGCAAAAAGGAUAUUUAUAAAAUUGAUAAAUAUCAAAAAUGGAAAUAUAUUAUAAGAGAUGAUAUUAUUUUCGAUAUGAAUUCUUUAAACAUUAAACAGUUUGUAUGUGUAUUUAAAAUUCAACUAAAAUAUUUUGAUAUAGGAAGAAUCUCUAAAUAUUCAGAAUUUAAAAAUAUUUUAAUUGAAAUAAAUAAUAUUAUAUAUAUAAGAAUUGAUCAAAAUUUCUUAAGUAAAUUAAUGGAGCAAGAAACCAUACAUAAAUGUGUUAAAACAGAUACUAUGAAUAAUGAAAAAAAAAAUAAAAAAAGUACAAUUAGGACCGUACUUUUAUUCGCAUCCGGUAAUGUUAUCAUUUAUGCUUGUAAGAGUAAGAGAGAAAUAUUAUGUAUAACUAGAUUUAUAAUUAAUGCCCUCAAAAGAAAUAAUAAUAUAAUAAUAUAG